AUGAAAUGUUGAUGUUUGCACAUUUCGCGUCAACAAACACAUCACGUGGGUCGCGGCUCAGAGAUCGGUGGUAUUACAUCCACCCGCUCGUUCUCAUCGCCUUGGGUUACCCGCUGCAGCCCGCUGCUCUCAGCUGUGUCUGUCAAACGAAAAUAGAGGAGAACCAGUGCAUUGGAUUCCCAGCGGCUCCGGUAGGCGUUGGAAGAUUCUUAUAAAGAGCCUCUCUAUCAAUAUCUUGCCUUGUCCUUUUCCACCACACCUUGCUAGUCAUGCGUGCUUUUAUUGCCUUUGCUUCUUUCAUCUUGUUUGCUGGUCAAGCCCUUUCGUUAUCGAUCGCUGUCGGUGGUUCUGUCGGAACUGUCGAUGCGACCCAAUUUCUCAACGUCACCGAUGCAUACCUCUUGAGUGACUGUCAGAACCAGUGCUCCAAUGCAACCGCUCAAAUCACUAUGUGCGCCGCCAAUGAUUCCUGUCUCUGCGCAUCCAACACAGUCACGGCUAUCACAUCCUGCGAGCAAUGCAUGUUCAGUGACUUGAUCGCCAAGUUUGCAACGAGCACCGAUCCCCGAGCUGGUUCAUCUACUGCUCUUACUGCAUACGCCGCCGCGUGCUCAUCCGCAGGCUUCACCGUCCCUUCCUCCUCCGUUACCUUGACCGUCCCUUCCAAUUGGGAUGGUCCUCUGGGAGUUUCCUUGGGUACUGUGUCCACUGUUUUGAUCGUCGGCGUUUCUGCGGUCCUGGGUACAGGCAGUAUUGUCUUGUUGUCUAAUAUGUGAACGAACGUCAGUUUCGGCUUGCAACGGUGAUAUCUUAUGCGUUAUAUGAUGUGUAUGCUUGAUGAAAUAAUAUAUCGCGUGCGCCUGUCCUUUACAAAAUGAAAUGAAUCUGAGUCAAUAAUGAGUAAAGGCUAGGAAGACUCGCAAUGUGCGCCUUCAAUGGAAGGACGUUCAAGUUGUUGGGCUGGAAACACGACCGCCUGAAUGACUCUUGAACAUGGAGGGAGCUGCAAAGGUUGCAAUUUAUGU